AUGAAGGUGAUUUGGUGGGGGUCAGUUGACGAGGAAGAAGAUGUGCCCCUCCACCACAAACGGGCUUUCGGCGCCGGCCUGAAGCGCAAACGGGUCGAGUUCGUCCCCGCCAAAGAUCCCGAUGCUGGCAUCAAGUCGACGAUAGAAGGUCCGAAAACACCGGCAACAGCCAUCGGAGACCUCUACGCCAGCGUCGUUAUGACGGCUGCUCCCCCGGCCGCACAGCCCACGGAUGAAGCAACGCCGCAGGACGCCGUGGAAAUCUGCCCGGUCUGCGCACUCCCGGCCACCGCCUCAUCACGACCACACGAAGCGUCUCUCGCGCACCAAGUCUGCCUGGCGCAUUCUCACCCGCCCUCGGCACUGGACCGCUCACGGAUGGGCCUGCGCGCCCUCGAGGCACAGGGCUGGGACCCCGAUGCUCGACAGGGCCUGGGCCGCGAGGGCGAUGGGAUGCGGUACCCCAUCAAGGUGACGGCCAAGGAGAACACCCUCGGCGUUGGGGCAGCGGUGCCGGAGAGUGUGCGCAAGAGGGAGAAGGUAGAGAAGCCAAAGAAGCUGAAUCGAAAGGAGAUGCGGCAGCUGGCAGCGAAGGAGAAGCUACGCAACGAGAGGCUUCAGGGUGAGAUCUAUGGGAGGGUGGAUGUGGAGAGGUAUCUGAGGGGGGAUGGGUGA